AUGGUAGGCUCUCUGCCCACGUUGGCCAUUCCCGGCCAAUGUCUGGGCUCAAUCGCCUCAUACUCGGCCGGACCGGGCACGCAUGUGCAGAAUGCCAAUAUCUAUGCCUCAAUCGCUGGACCCGUCGUGGUCGAGCAAACUCCCGCGAACGCAAAGGGAAAGUCUACUGUGAGUGUAGUACGGUCCAUUGCCAAGCGGGCGGCUUCUACGACAGCGAAACCGGUCGCCGGGGCAGGCUCUGCAAAGCCCAAACCCAAAUACAACACUCUGCCGGCCGUGGACUCGGUGGUUCUGGCACGGGUGACUCGCGUGCAGAAACGCCAGGUCACCGUGUCGAUUCUGGUUGUUCUGGAUGAAUCCGCCAGCACACAGCCUCUUAACCCGUCCCAGACAACGUCGGAUAACGACGAUGUCGCUGCGAUCCUCACCUCUGCCGCGAACCCCGAGAACCACAGCAGCUCGGACGAGCUUCGGUUCCAGGCGCUGAUCCGGAAAGAAGACGUGCGUGCCGUCGAGAAGGACCGUGUCGUCAUGGAUGAGAUGUUCCGGGUGGGUGAUAUUGUUCGUGGGACCGUCAUCUCUCUCGGCGAUCAGAGCUUUUACUAUUUGACGACGGCGCGGAAUGACCUCGGCGUUGUCAUGGCGCGCAGCGAAGCCGGCAAUAUGAUGUUCCCCGUGAGCUGGAAAGAGAUGAGAGAUCCGGUCACGGGUCUGGCGGAAUUGCGGAAGGUGGCGCGGCCGUUUUGA